AUAACGUAUACACAAGCGCACCCAUCGACAACCGCAACGAUGACCACGUGACACGUGUUUUUCUCACUUCCGUUCCUAGACAUUCAAAGAAGACAAAGUCUAUUCUUCCCCCCUCCACCCUAGCGGCAAUUCAAACCCCUCACACCACCGUUGCGUGCGGUUCUAAGCAUUUUCUUGUACCGUCGACCAUUUGCCAUUUCGUCGUCCAUCUUCACUCAUCAGUGGCCUGUUUCUACGCAGUUUUUUAUCAUUUUAAUUAUUCAUUUUUUUCCUCCCCACCGAAACACGUUUUUGAUUCUGUUCGACCGAUCAUGAAGUCUGUCGUAAUCUCGUACAGCGUCGUGCUUUCUCUCCUAGGUUUGUUGUGCUGUCUUGGUCAAGCUAAUGAAAAUUUUUCUCCUCGAGUUCUGGUACUACUAAAAGAAUCUGACAACUUGUUCGAUAACUCUGUUGAUAAUAAUUUCAAUUCAGUUAUAUCACCAUCAGACUAUUAUUACAAUCCUAGUCGUCAUGUUCAGCUUUGGAAUAAAGUGUUUGACAACCUUCGGAAGAGAAUUAAUGUGCUUGGACAUUUUUUCCGGGAUGUUGAUAAAAUUCCAGUUAAUUCCAGUCCUUAUAUUGAUAGAAGAUUUAAAAAGAGUAUUUCCAUGAGAAAGCCAAGACAUGUUAAUGAUAAUAAUACUUCUGUAACUACAAUGCCAACUACAUUGAACACUAUUAGUUUAAAUAAAUCUGAAAUUUCAACUAAUACAAAUUUGACCAGUACUAAAAUGAAUAUUAUUGACUUUCAAAUAAGUACUAUAUCUACUAAUAACAGUUAUUUUAACAAUAAUUCAACCACUUCAAACCCGAUAUCAGUUGAGACAACGCCAUUAUUAGUUCAACAAAAUGUCCAAAAUACUUCUACCAAUGUUAACAUUGAUAGUGUUAAGCCUUCUUCUGACAUUUCAUCAAGUCCACAAAGUUGUUCUUAUUGUUCUGGAAAGUUAAUUUUUCUGACUGCUAUAGUUAUACUGGCUUUUGGAGUGACAUAUAUUAUUUAUAAAAAAUGGCAAAACAGAGGAAGUCGCACAUUGUAUCAAGUGGGAAACAUUUGCAGCAAGCGUGAUGAAUCACCAGUUUAAGAAUAUAUAUUUUAUAUAAUGUUAAUAUUCAAACAAUGAUUUUUAUUUUUUAAAAAAAAAAAACUUACAUUAAAUGUAUAUUUACUUCACACUAAUUACCCCCUUUAAAGGUUUAUGGGAAGAUUCUUUAUUAUUAUUCUAAUUCUUAAAAAUUAUGUAAAAGCUCACUACGAAAUUAAAAGAAAAUGAACAUUUUA